AUGUGUACUUCUGCGCGGGGUCCCUGGAAGGAACACCUCAAGAGGCACGUUUUGUCCGCACAUCGUACUCAUAUUGCAGCACACGGAACAGGUUUGAGGCCCUUCAAGAACCGUUUCACACUCUGCGUAUCCUUGGACGCAUGUAGACAGCGAUACAGAAUAUCUCUGCUUCAUCUGGUACUGUACUACCUAUUGCUAUCUAGCCUCACGAAGUGCUUGGAACAUCGCUUGUCGUUGGCUUUUGCGUAUGCGGAAGGGCGCUCCCUGUGUGACUCUGGGGAUACUGUUUUCCCAAAUCACUCUUCAAGCCGAAACCGCAUUCUUGUUCGCUGCCGUUACACGAUGGUCAACCUUGCCCACCUGACACCGCCCGGAGAGCAACCGGCUCCCAAUCACAUGUCCGAUGGCUCCGAGUUGUUUCCCUUCCUAUGGCGCUACUUCCUCCAUCAUGAUCCCUUACGCGACUGGCUCAUGCGCUCGGAACCCUUUUGCACCACCGCCGUGUCGCCCGUCAAAGUUGCACAAGGCAUCGCCUUCUGCUGCAACUUUUCCGUCCCGCCGCAGUGGGAAGAUAUGUCUGAAAGCUUCGACAUGGGCGAAAUGUUCGUUCCCAGUCACGCCUACUCCCACUUCAUGUGUGGUACCGUCGUCGCGGCAACUUCGUACCACAAGCACCUUAUCUGCGCUCUUGGGCCUGCCGCUGCGCGUGAUGCCCAUGUGUUACCGUCUUACCAGACCAAUGUCCGACGCAUGGUUGUUGAUAUGGGCUCCUCGCGUUCGAUCAAUAUCAUUGAAUUUUCAUGGAUGAACGACGGGGCCCUCAUCGUUACGGUCAAGAUACUCGUCCCGCCGGACCCAGCGUUCCCUGUGCGAGCUGCUGGAUGCACUGGAGCGUUUGCCUUGUUCACAGACGUUUUUCCCGCGGGGCCUACACCGCUGGUUCCGCGGUCGCUAGUGAGUUUCAUCGAGGUACCUCGCUGCCCAGUGUGUAUCGCUUCUGGAUCUCUUGGUUGCUAUUGCAGUCACCAGGCAUUGGAACGCUUUGCUCAGUACAAAGAUGAACGUUCGUCCGCAGUAUGGCCACCCCGUCUUGUACAAGAUGUACAAAUAGCGGGUAUUGACACAUACCACAACAUCCGUUCGCGCCUUGAUAUGAUUCAGCAUAUUUCACAUGUGAAGGUUACGGCGCAUGUCGUAACGGGGCAAGACGUGAUGCAAGAGAUGGGGCCGCCUGCGAGAACUUACAAGCUUGGACCGAGUCGCUUUGUCAUCAGAGCGGUACUCUUCAGGCCUGCAACCGGAUAUGAAGCAGAUUCGUUGCGACAAGUAGCUGACGGUUUUCGCUUGGUAAGGUCAGGAAGUCUGAAAGCAACCAGGGCGCUUCAGGAGUUGGAGCACGCGCGAUAUGAAGUAGCUGAGGCCGGCGUCGAGGAACAGUUCGAAGAUAAACCCGAGCAGUCUACUCAAGAUGACCCUCAUGAAUGGAAAGGAGCAAAGAUAACAGAUGAGACUAUUGCACCACCUGUAGAAAUGUUCGAUUUGCAAAAACGGCACCCACGAGAAUACGAGACUGUGAUUUCUGGCAGGAGUAGUCAUGUGAGCUCAGCAUGCCUUGCCUGCGAAAAUCCAGUACCGAUUGAUGGGAUAGUCUCCCACACAUGUUCUCGAGCUCGGAGUUUGGGGUUUAGCGCGGUAUCUGGAUCAAAAGCGGGGAACGCGUUGCUACCCGGUUCUCUUGUCACGGAAGAGUUGUCGGAUCAUUCGUUUCUUACGAAGAAGAUAUCUUGCCCGUUAUGUGGCAAAUCCUUCUCUCAACAGGGAAGUCUCAACAGGCAUUUGAAAAACGUUCAUCAGGAGAAGAAGAUUCUUUGCCAGUUCUGCAAUUUGGCGUUCGGUCAAAUGUUUGAUCUUAAGUCAAGACCCUCUUUCCGAUUGCGUCUCAAAAACAACACGCGCAGUGUAUGCAUACGGCAUGACACCUCAUAUCUUUCAGCUGUACUCGAAACUUAUGCUGGUCUUCUUCUGCUUCUGCUUGGACUUACGAUAUUAACGUUUCGGCCGUGUCCGGUCUCAACUCCUGGAAACCAUCGCAUCAUCGGUGAUCAUCUACGCACAGGUGGCACCGGUCCGCUUCCACCAUCGGUCAGUUAUGGAAGCGCACCCGAGGACGGUCGCCUCCACAAGGGAUGGUGGAUGGGGCAUUUUGCAAAUGGUAAUGCCCAACGCACAAACGACAUCGAGGCCAAAUGGAUCAAACAUCCUGCCGGAGCGAAGAAGGAAGGUUGGGCUUCCAACAAAUUCGCUACUUCCAUGGCAGUGCUUGUUAGUGGGAAGCAUCGGCUGGAGUUUGAAAAUGCUUAUGUCAUUCUGGAAAAUCAAGGAGACUACGUUAUUUGGGGACCAAAUAUCCAACAUUCGUGGACGGCCCUUGAGAAGACAACUAUCAUGUGCAUUCGCUGGCCCUCGCUUCCAGCAGACCAGCAGCCCGCCGCACAAAACUUGACACACUUGCCAAGUUUCAGGGUUGUUGGCGCUGUGGCUUCGAAUCAGACUGGGUUUGCAAUUCCGAACAGUACUGCUGGGGAAGAGAGUGAGUCUCAUUUCUUAUUCCUUGCCGGAAUGAACUGCUGCAUUGUCAAAAGUAUGAGGUCAAGAGCAUCUCUCCCACAGACAAGGCGAUAUAUCGAACACUCUGAAUGGUUACACAUCUGCAUCAAGGAUAUGCGUCUAGCCAAAUGUCUCGUCGCGCGUUUACUGCAUAUACACAUAGCUGGAGGCAAGUGA